UGGGCGUGACUGAAUAAUAAGUCUUAAAGGCACAAAACGGAUUAAAGUGUAAACAAACGGGGUUACAACCAAUAACUGUGAGCAUUUAUUAUUUAAUCUUUAUUUAUUAUGCCUUAGAAAUAAGAUCAUACUGCAAUGUAAAGCAACUCAAACUGGUUGACACGUUUAAAUAGGCUGCACAGAGUAACAAUAGGUUAAACCAAAAGCUUAAAGGCGUUCUCUGAGAUGCACGCAUGCAAACAUGUAUGCAAACGUCAUUUAAUCCUUUGAAAACGCUCAGAAAAAUGUUUUAAAAGCUUAAUAUGAGCGCGCAGAUUAGUUGUUGUCCAUCCCAGCAUGCCUGUCAAUCUGCAGGUCUGCCAGCUCAAAGAGAUCGAGGCUGGGAAGGGAUUAAUCACCUUGCCAAACAAGCUUUUUUUCGGCCAGCAGACCAAUUAUAUAACCGCGUUAUACAAUAAACACAUAUCCAGUAAAGCUUUAAACACUGGCACAAGCGAGGAAGUUUCUCUUCCUCUCUUCCAAGGAGCCUCUCUUCGCUCCGUGUGCGUCGUCAGAGGUGUGCGUCCUCGUUUGGCACCGCAGCCAGCAGUGCGCAGCCGUCUUUCUCCUCCUCCUCCUCCUCCUCCUCUUCCUUCAGUUUCUGCACGUUUGCGUGAGGGCGAAGUAAAAGUCCAGAGAGACUCGGAACUGGCUGCUGAAGACGCACCCACUCUUUGUCACGUCGCGCACACUGGAAGGACGGGAUCGUGGCUAAACCUGCUCCUAUCGAGUCUCGGUUCAGCAUCCUGAUAGUUCCAUCCUGAGGGGUUUCGGGAGAAGGGUGUUCUGUUUCUAGGAAUUCAAAUUAAAGCCAAAAUGGUUCUGCAGAGAGUCGUUCGUGCUGUCAUUAUGGGACCUCCUGGAUCUGGGAAGGGAACCGUGUCUGCGCGCAUAACCAAAAGUUUUGGACUGAAGCACCUUUCUAGUGGGGAUAUUCUGAGAGCCAACAUCAACGCAAAAACAGAGCUCGGUCUGCUGAUGAAGUCCUGUAUUGAUCAGGGUCAGCUGAUACCUGAUGACGUCAUGUCUCGUCUCAUCCUCAAUGACCUGAGAACAAUAGAGCAGAGCGGCUGGCUGCUGGACGGUUUCCCUCGGACAGUAUCGCAGGCGGAGGCUCUGGAUGACGUCUACACUGUGGAUACAGUCAUCAACCUCAAUGUUCCUUUCCAGACCAUCAGGCAGAGGCUGACGUCUCGCUGGACUCACCUUCCGAGCGGCAGAGUCUACAACACCGAUUUCAACCCUCCUAAAGUCACUGGUUUGGAUGAUGAGACAGGGGAGCCUCUGGUCCAGAGGGAUGAUGACAAACCGGAGACGGUCACACGGAGACUGAAGGCCUAUGAGAACCAGACGGAGCCCGUCUUAGAGUACUACAGGAGUAAAGGUGUGCUAGAGACCUUCACGGGGACAGAAACCAACAAGAUAUGGCCGCACGUCGAGGCGUUCCUCCACAGAAAACUCUCCUCCAUCAAUCAGAAGGUGGCGUAGAAAGCCCGAACAGAAAAGGCCUGAAGUUUACCAGCAGAAAUCACUCCGCCUUCUGUGAAACAAAGGGAAGAGAAAUUUAUGUAAUAAUAUAUUCUGAAUGUUUGAAAUGAGGAACACGGGGGCCGGUCGCACAAAACACCGCAAGUUAAGAGUUUCCUUAAGUCUGACUUCAGAUUUCUUAAGUUGCACAAAGUUCCUUAGGGGUUUUUAACAUGUUCAUUUACAUUUUUAAGGUGUUUUCUUAUCUUUGUGUAAUACUUAAGGAAUAGUAGAAACUGUUGCACAAAAGACCUGAGCGACCAAAGUAAAGAAAAAAAACAGUUAAGGUACCUGUGAGUCUGUUAUAACCAAGUUUAUGGAGAUAAUUGAAGAAAAUAAUUCAUUUUUGCCACAGUUUUCUCCCACAUUUGUUGUUUUCCAUCAUUUGUGGAUCAAAUUUUUUAUGUGCUUUCUUUUUUAUAAACAUUCCUUUGGAAGCAGAACCUUUUCCUCCUCUGACAAAUUUUAUUUUGGACAAUUUUCUGAGACAAAAAGUGCAGACAAUCAGUAAUUGCAGAAUUUUAAAACUUCUUUCGGUGCUAUAAACGCUUUAGUGUUAUUCCUUUACUGAGAAGCAUUUUAAGAGUGCACGAUCCUUAAGCCAGUCCUUUAGUUAAGAGCUUAAGCCUGAGGCAGGAGGUGAUUUGAGGGGCAUCAGGGGCAAUCCCCAUCCCCCCUUUUACCCUGCCUUCCCCGCUGUGUGUGUGUUGUGUGUUGUUGUGUUGGACCACUGCGGUUCACUGGACCAUCCCCCCUGUUAGAAACUACCACAUCACCUCCUGAUCUUAGGUGUUUCACUUCAGGAGGAAAACCUUGUGGUGUUUUGUGCAGCCGGCCUCUAGAUGUUGUGAAAACUCCACUUUUUAAAAAAAAAAGCUUCUUAUACCACUUGUUGCACCGUUUCUGCAACGUUAUGAAGAGAGUUUGGUAAAAUUCUCAGGGUGUGUGUGCAAAAUCUUCAGUUGGUAAGAGUUCAGACGGACUGUUAUUUCGUGCCUUCAUAAAGCAGCUUCAGAUAUUAAGAUCUUUAACUGUAGAAUCUGAAGGUUGCGUUUGCACAAGAUGUACAGACAGAAUCAUUCAGUGUGUUCUCCUGGUGAACCAUGUGUGCAUUUUUCAUUUCAAGGAUUUCUUUUUGCAGUUUUCUCAGCUGAUCUGGCUGAAAAGAAUUAGCACACACACAAGAUACAUUUACAGCGUUCUUCAUGAGAUGUCGUGGUUUUAGUAAAACAGAAAGGUGUGUGUGUACCUGCCUUAGUGGGACUGUUGCCCUAAAGGGAAAUGUGCCAUGUUCUACAAACGACUGUAAACUCACUAAAGCACUCCAGUGCCUUCUGCUGCUUCUGACCAUGUAACUGGUAGCUCAGUGAAUGUAAAAUGCAUUUCUUUUGUAACCAUGGACCACACACACACGAAAUAACCAACCACACUUAUUGUAUUUGAAUAUUUUUUUAAUCAUCACAAGAAACCAUUAUCAUAUAACAGCUUCUUAAAACCACCUCGAGUCUUAAUGUCGUUUCCGUGUUAACCAGCCGCUCUGCUUCUACUGACCGACUGAUAUUUGCCAUUUAAUGUGACUCCACAACUGAGGAUGUAACUGAAAAGAUAUGCCAACACACACACACACACACACACAUCACCACAGUUUGUACAGGGCUAUCGUCUUGGUGGAAGCUAUCGCGGUCCUUCGAGGUCGAUCUGCUGUGUUUUUUUUUUUUGCACUUUGCUCGAAAUAAAAGCCACAGAAACCUGCCUUGCGGUGCGCUGUGCAGACGGAUGAUGUUUCCUGGUUGUCCCGUGCACUCCUAAAUACUUGAAUGCAACGUUUGAAAGCCGAUCUCCUGUUUCGUAGACAAGUAUUUAUGAAUCACAAUAAACUCAUCGUACUGUACACCAGAA